AUGAACAACAAUACAGCAUCAUCAUCGACAACAACAUCUUACCGACCUGCCAUGAAAAUUGCAGAUGCUUUGAGUAUUGUGUUGAACAAUCCUCAUCUCAUUCCCUUUCAUAAUUCUCCUUUAAUGAAAUUGGAGAUUGAGCCUGCUUCUUCAUCUUCGGGAGGAGGAAAAAAGAAGAAGCAUCAACACUCGGAAGUGGUUGCAACUUCAUCAUCGUCUGGUCUUCAAAUAAUUCCGUUCUCGGAUCGAAACAAGGUGAUCAAGACACAAAUUGUUCGUAUUCUCCUUGAUACACACACAUUAUGGGAGAGGUCAGAUCAAAACGAUGCUCUCUCCAACCCUGCUUCCAUUCAACUCAUUGUGCAGCUCCAAACAAAACAAUUACCUCCCAAUGCCUUACCCUUGCACCCAAAUACCAUUACCACUGCAGAACAAGUGGAUGAUGCUUUGGAGAUGAAUCGCUUUGUGAAACAAUUUCUCAUUGAUGGCUAUUUGGUGAUUGAUCCUGCCGCUCUCAAGACUUGUGGACCUAGUUUUCAUAGAGAAAUGUUGGAAUUGGGACUCUCAGUUCGAAAUCACCUCACGACCAAGAUACCUCAAAUUUUGCAUGUAUUUUCAGAUUCGACAGUGAAGAAGGUUCUCACUCGUUUGCUUGGAAAAGAUUAUGAAACACUCUCGACCACUCAUAUGCAUUUGAGUCAGAGAGGUAGACUGGAUCAGCACUGGCAUAAGGACGAUUUUCAGGAUGGUUACAUUCGACCAGUAGAACCCGCUACCACCUUAAAUCAUGUUAUGGCCAUGUACUAUCCCCAAGACACAACCAUAGAGAUGGGCCCAACUGCCAUUCGUCGAGGUACACACUAUGAAGGUUAUUCCAAUGACUAUGUUCCUGAUAGAUAUGUUUUCGAUCAGAAUCAGACCAAGUAUCGAGAAGUGGCAUUGACAUGUCGAGCAGGAACGAUUGUCAUGCUUCAUUACGAAAUUGUACACAGACGAAUGAAGAACACCUUAACGGAUCGGUUCAUGAUGAAGUUUCAAUUUAGAAGAAGACAACAACCUCCAACUGCUUGUGGCUUGAAUGCCUCAGUACAGACCUAUGAUGAGGUUGACCCUAUUGAUACUGACUAUGAUCAUCCAUUUAUUGACCCACUGGCAAGAAAAAUUUGGAAUUGGAUGAAUGGAUUGACCAAUUAA